CUAAAAGGUCAUGAACACAAUAAAAAAGACUUCCCAUCCCGUUGUUGGAGAUGUCGCCGUCGUUUGCUUAUUUUUUAACACAGAUUGCGUUUUGAACCCAGAUCGCCAUUUGCUCCUUCACUUAUGCAAUCCGCUCCGACGACAACAAGUCAACAACAACACAGAAACAAUCCAAUCGAACUUGCCGCAAAUCACAAACCCAGACUCCACCACCUCCAAAAUCGAUCUCCGAUUGUGAUUUCCAGAUCUGGGCAAAAUCGAGCCCUUGUCCUUCACGGAGCCGGAGCGUCGGCGCCACCUGUAUAAGAGAGUGGCGGUCCUUCUGACGAGAUGAUAGUGGUCAGGAAGUUCGUCAACGAAGAUUGCCUGGGGAGAGGAGUCAGAUGUGACGAUGAUCGUUACUCGGAUUCGACUUCAUUUUCAUCUUCUCCUUUUGCGUCUCAUACAGAAUCACCACCACCUCGUUGCUUUCCCCAUCUCCUCCAGCAGCAAUCCAGUAAGAUCGAGCGGGAACAAGAAGAACAGGCGCCUGCGAGACUGCGGAUGAGGAAGACUUGAGGUUUCACUUUUGGGGAGGGAUGGUGUCAUUGAUUUUUUUUUAUUAUAUUUUUAUAAUAAUUGUAGUAAUUCAAAAUUGAAGAUUAUGUGGAUUUUUUUGAAUUUUUAAUAUUAAUUGUGCUGAUUGGAUGGUGACGCGUUUGAUCAUCCAAGAUAACAGUCAAAUCUCAAGUUUGGCCAAUUUCACAACUUUGAUGUAUAAUUGAGGCCACGAUGUUAUAGAUCGAAAAGAUUGGUUACGAUGUUUAAUAUGUGAAAAGUUUGGGUCAUACAAAUAUAUUAACCCAUAUUUUAUUGAGUGAACAUAUGGUUUAAAAAGAAGGUUUAAUACACUUGUAUAUCCAAAACUUUCACGAUUGUGCCAAUAAUAUCCAAAUUUUUCGAAAUACCACUUAUAUCCAUGUUUUAAAGUUGUUCUUUGCCAAAUCUAUCCAUUUCCCAAUAUAUUUUUGGUUAAAUACACUUGUAUAUCCAAAAACACCGUUAAAGAAUGUGAAGGAAUUGGAUAUAAGUGGUAUUUCGGGAAAUUUGGAUAUUAUUGGCACAACCGUGAAAGUUUUGGAUAUACAAGUGCAUUUGACCUAAAAAGAAUGAAAUAGAUUAAAUACAAAUAGAUAAUAAAGUCAAUUGGAAUAGAACGGAUAUAGAGUAGGGUGGGACGAGGAGAGACAGGACGAAAAUAGUAACCAGAACUAAUCUCACGCUGUAUUGAAUAAUACACUCCAUAACACUGGUCAAAUAAGAUAAUACUGACAAUAGUUAGCUAGUAAAAGGAUUGUAAAGUUUUUACCAUUUGUUUUUGUAAUUUAGUUAAAAAUGUUCAUUUAGGAAUAUAGUGUAUGAUAUAAACAUUUACCAAUCAUAUGACAUAUCACGUGUCAUUUAGAUGUAGUGCAUUCUAAAUAAAUUGCAAGAAGCAACAAGUUUGCAAAUCUUAUAAGGAGAAUUAAAAAAAAAACAUUGGGAUUUAAGAUUUAUACAGGCGGAGAAUUCAACUAUAAAAAUAUCUGAUAGAGUUACAAUUAUUUAACGAGUAGAACACAUGAUUUUCCACUCAAACAUUGUAAAUUUACACUUCAAGUCUGUAAUGAACGUUGAACAUAUCUUUAGCAAUAUCAAUGUAGCUGGAUCAGGUAACUCAAUACCCAAUAUCGUCUGCAUCAAAUGUAGGUCUGAUAGAGUAAUAUUCGCGUCAAUAGGAGUUGGUUAGGUCGAUCCAUUCUCACAUAUUAAAGAAAAUAAAUAUACAAAAUUUCUUUUUAUUAUGAAAUAAAGUAAAAAGGCUUAGAGAUAAUAAAGAGUAAUUGAGUUCAGUUAGUUCAAAGAUGAAGUCUUGCACUUAUUUAAUAUUUUAUGGAGCGAACAUAUGGUUUAAAAAAGAAUGAAAAUAGAAGAAAUACAAAUAGAUAUUGAAUCUAAUUAAGAUAGAAUGGGUCUAGACCAGGGUGAGGCGAGGAGAGACACUGCCGAAGUAAUAUCCAUAGCUGACCCCACGCUAUUAUGGAUAAUACCCUCCAUAACACUAGUAAAAUAAGAUAAUAUCG